GUGCCACUUGUCCUGAGGGACGGGACGUCGGGCCUCACCAGCACAGGGACGGUCACCGUGUCUGUCUGUCCCUGCUUAAAGGGGGGAGCCCGAGCCGGGGACAAAGAGAAUGAGAAGCAGACGGAGGGAGAGUGGGACUGGGAAAAGGAGGCAGUGUGUCUCCCCCAGCAGUCCAUGCUGCCUUCCCCUGGACUCAGCACUGCCGCCCUGCUGGCCAUCUUGGCCUGUGUCGCUACACUGCUGGCGGUGAGCGCCCUGUCGCUGUCGCUGCGCCGGCAGAAGCGCGACUCCCUGUCGCCGCUGGAGGAGGACGACGUGCGAGAAAACAUCAUCACGUACGACGACGAGGGAGGAGGGGAGGCUGACACAGCGGCCUUUGAUAUCGCCGCGCUCCAGAGUGCUCCGCACAGCUCCCGUUCGCGAGGCUACCGCACCCUGGACAGCAGGAACAUGUGA